CCUCCCACCGGCUACAUGUUGACCCCGCUGCAGACGCGCUCUUUACUCACAACCCCUUCCGAUGCAUGUGAAUCCGAGCCCUCCCUUCUUCUCCGUUGUCGUGUUUUCCCUGCUUCUCCCAGACAUCACACUCCUCUCCCUGUCGCUUCAGGCUCCGGCUGUCAGAUGAGAACCCUGGACAGCGGCAUCGGCACCUUCCCUCUCCCCGACUCCGUCACCCGGGCCAGCGGUCGCCACAUCCCUAAAUCUGAAUCCGGCCCCGAUGGGGUGACCGCCAGCUCGUCCAAGCUCGAUCGGGAGCCUCCCUCUUCUCACCCAGACCCCUCUCACCCCGACGUGAAAGUGCCUUCCCUCCCAAAAACCCGCCUGCAUGCCCCCACUAGCAUGGGUCACUCCCUGUCCGACCCCACCGUGACCCGCAGCAGCGACGCCCAGGACGCCGAGAGCCGCCUGCCCAAACUAGCAGCCUCAGGCGCCGUCAGGACGAAGAGGUCGAGUCUUUGUGUUCCGCGGAGCAACAACCCGGCGGACGACAAAGAGAAGGACGCAGAGAGGAAGACGAGAAACAAGGACUGUGAGAUUCCUGGUGAGCGAGCCCUGCGAGUGUGCACGUACUCGGGCAGCAGCAGCAGCAGCGACACCGAGACCGAGCUGGAGGCCGGCGGCAGCACUCUGGGCUCGCCGCAGCGGACCCUGAUCCCCAGAACCAAGAGGAGCGACCCAGUCGAGCAGAACGAGGAGACGCUGAAGAGGAGCAGCGUGGAGAAACCCCUGUCGAUCAUGGACUUCUACCAACACGACAUGUUCUCACACCUGGAGCGGGACAGCAGGAGGAUCUCUCAGUACAACCUGUUGCACAAAGAGUCGUCGCUCGACGGGAAAGCAGGAGACAGACUCAGU